AUGUCAGCAUGUGAGGUCUUUGAACUGGUCGCGAAGGAGAUGGACUUUGGCGAUGCUGUCAUCCAGGGAGGGCUGCUUGGGGAGGGUAACGAGUUGAACGAGGAGUUCAUAUAUGCGGCCGAUGGUGACGAAGUUGAAGUCGUUACAGAGGCGGCGAUAGAACGCGAGAGGUCUUUGGUCGAGAUAAGUGUCGUAUUGUUCUGGGAGGCCGUUGCCGAGUAA